AUGGCCUUGGCUCGUUUUGCUCUGAGGAGCCUGCAGCAGAGGUUGGGCUCCUCGCCCUCCCCUGCAUCCCUGGUCGGUCGGAACCUCAGGGAAAGGUCCCGCCCUGAGCUCGAAGGCUUUCAACGGAUGAUGGCAACUAACUCCGGCACUGAAAAGGCAUCGGAUGACAAGGAGGUGGCGGUGAGUGAUGGCGGAGGCCGGAGGAGAAGGUUCAGCCUCUUCCCCCGCAGGAACCGCCGGAGGAGUCUGUGGCGCGACGAUGAUCGUGACUUUGUUCCCGAGCUCUAUGAAUUCUUUCCUUCGGGGCUCGGGAACGCGCUGAUGCAGGCGACCGACAACAUCAACAGGCUGUUCAACAGCAUGAACAUAUCCCCCUGGCAGCUCGCGGGCAGCGUGAAGGAGAAGGACGACCACUACAAGAUCCGCUACGAGGUCCCGGGGCUCACCAAGGACGACGUCAAGAUCACCGUCCACGACGGGGUCCUCUCGAUCCGAGGAGAGCAGAAGAAGGAAGAGGAGGAAGAAGCAGACGACGAGCGCUGGUCUGCCGCGAGCUAUGGGUACUACAACACGAGCCUCGUCCUGCCCGAGGACGCCAAGGUGGACGAGAUCAAGGCCGAGUUGAAGGACGGGGUCCUCAGUAUUACUGUUCCUAGGACCGAGAAGCCUAAGAGGGAAGUGAAGGAGGUCAAAGUCCAUUGAAGGGCAAUUUAAUAGUGUCUUUGCUACACUUACGUGGACUGUUGCUUUGGAGUGCUUUUAUGCAUGUAUGUAAUUUGAAAAUUCGGAGGAAUAAUAUCGUAGUUGUAUGGUCGUAUCGAAUCCACGCGUAUUCAUGUA